AUGGUUGCUGUUUUAUUAUUUGAUUUGCGUUUUUUGGUUUUGUUCGUUGUUUUUGAUUUUGUUUUUUGUGUUUUAGGUCAAAGCCUUGGUUAUGGUUUUGUUAACUAUAUACGGCAAGAGGAUGCCCUUAAGGCGGUCAGCACCCUAAAUGGACUCAGAUUACAAAACAAAACUAUCAAGGUGUCGUACGCCCGCCCGAGCAGUGAAUCGAUCAAAGGUGCUAAUCUGUAUGUGAGUGGCCUUCCGAAGUCGAUGAGCCAGCCAGAGUUGGAAAAUCUGUUCAGAUCAUGUGGACAAAUCAUAACAUCGCGUAUUCUGUCGGACAAUAUCACUGGUCUAUCGAAAGGUGUCGGUUUUGUGCGUUUCGAUCGGAAGGGUGAGGCGGAGAAUGCAAUAUCGAAGUUGAAUGGCACAAUUCCGGCCGGAUGUACCGAACCGAUCACCGUGAAAUUCGCGAAUAAUCCAGCUGCAAACGCCCAAAAAGCCCAACUUCAGGUUGCCCAAGCGGCAUCCGCACUGAUGCCGUUAGCUUUGUUGAAUACGGCAGCCGUAGCUGCGGGUGGUAGACGUUUCGGUGCGGGGCCAAUCCACCAUACCUCGCAGGCCGGUCGUUUCCGAUACUCACCGCUAGCCACUGUUGCCGGAACUGCUGCCUCGACCACAGCAGCCAGUCAGGAUCUUUUAACUACGCAGCUACUUCAAAUGGCCGCAGCUUCAGGUGAAUAUCUUCAUUUUUUAUUGUUAUCAUUCAUUUCAUUCCAUAUUAUUAUCAUUUAUUCANUUUUGAUGUGA